AGAACUGUGGAAUCAAAGCUGAAGUCCGAACAGCAGAAGCUGGCGAACUUGGAGAGAGAGGUUCGGCGUCUGACUGGCCUUUGCCAGAAACAGGAAACUGAGUUGUCUAAUGAGAAAAAUACUGUACAGGAGUUACGGGAGACCAGUCACAGUCUUACAGAACAGCUAAAGCAUAAGGAGCAAAAACUGAUUUGUCUGGAGGGAGAAAACUCCAGACUGAAAACACUUGUGAGUGAUCAGAGUGCAGAGAUCUCUUCCCUGAAACAUACUGUAGAAGACAGGGAUACACAAGUGCAUGCGCUGGAG